AUGGUUAUGUCCCAGGGCACCUACACGUUCCUAACGUGCUUCGCUGGUUUCUGGCUCAUCUGGGGGCUCAUCGUUUUACUGUGCUGCUUCUGCAGCUUCCUGCGCCGCCGCCUCAAACGGCGCCAGGAGGAGCGACUGCGUGAGCAGAACCUGCGCGCCCUUGAGCUGGAGCCGCUCGAGCUCGAGGGCAGCCUGGCUGGGAGCCCCCCGGGCCUCGCGCCGCCGCCACCACCGCACCGCGGCCGCCUGGAAGCGCCGGCGCACGCGCACCAGCACGUGCACGUGCACCCGUUGCUGCAUCACGGGCCCGCGCAGCCACACGCGCAUCCCCACGCGCACCACCACGCGCUGCCGCACCCGCCGCCGCCGCACCUCUCCGUGCCGCCGCGCCCCUGGAGCUACCCGCGCCAAGCGGAAUCGGACAUGUCCAAGCCACCGUGCUACGAAGAGGCAGUGCUGAUGGCUGAGCCGCCGCCGCCCUACAGCGAGGUGCUCACGGACACGCGCGGCCUCUAUCGCAAGAUCGUCACGCCCUUUCUGAGCCGCCGCGACAGCGCAGAGAAACAGGAGCAGCCGCCACCCAGCUAUAAGCCGCUCUACCUGGACCGAGGCUAUACGUCGGCGCUGCACCUGCCCAGCGCCCCGCGGCCCGCGGCGCCCUGCCCUGCACUCUGUCUGCAGGCGGACCGCGGCCGCCGCGUCUUCCCCAGCUGGACCGACUCGGAGCUCAGCAGCCGCGAGCCGCUGGAGCACGGAGCUUGGCGUCUGCCGGUCUCCAUCCCCUUGUUCGGGAGGACUACAGCCGUAUAG